AGAAGUUCGUGUUUUAACCUCAGUCGGGUAGAUUUACGCCAUGUUUAUUUUGUUUUAGGAAAACUGUUUAAAACUAAGUUGUAUGGAUUAGUUAUCUUCGUGUAAUCCACAGUUUAACCGUUUCAGCGCAUAAAGUUCAGGUUCAUCGCAUUGUUGACGAGGAGACGAAACGCAAAAUAAUUUCGAUCAAGACUGCAACAAGGUCGGGUUUAUUCAUUGACUGGGUCCGUUAAUAUAAGGGUUUGAAUGAUCUGACAGCACGUCUCUGAUUGGUCACCAUGUCGAGAGACAGUAUGCAAAUGCAUCUCCAUCAGAGUGACUCUGACUCCAGUGAUGACAGCAUGGGCAGUCCUCCUUUAAUGUCAUCCACAAUGAAACCACAGAGACGCCGACACAGUGUGGACGAACAGACUGAAGAACUAUCUGACAUUAUUCAUCUCAGAGAAGAAUUGAACAGACUCCAUGAGGAAAUUACUCCUGAAUGCAAUCAGCAUAUAAAGAAAAUGACUGAAAUUGUCAAUGAGUUUGAAAAAGAUUACAGACAUGCUUUUUAUGAUAAUAUACGAAGAGGUGCUGGAAUCGGAAUGAGAAUCGGAUUCUAUGGCAUGGUUUUAGGAUUAGCUUUAGCUCCCUUUACUUUUGGGGCUUCUGUCAUUGCCGCUGGAUUAGGUGCUACUGUUGCUGCAGGUGGUGCAAUUGUUUUUAUUAUUGGAGAAUUCAAGAAAAAACAGCAGGGGAAAAAAUCAAGGCAAACCAUAGAAAAAGAACUUGAGGAACUUCAGUAUAAAAUCAGCCCUAUUAUUAACAUGCUAGAGAAGAUUUAUGAUCGUGCUCAGGAAAUACUGAGAGACCCUACACUAUCAGAGCACAAAGUUAAUGCACGAUGUGAACGUUUUUCCUCCUCCUUUGAAAAAACACAGCUCUUCCAGAGAGAUAGGAGUAGAGCAGUGGGUGCACAGAAAGAUUUGACUGGAGAUCUGUCAGAAACUUUUGCUGAGAUGAGUUCUGUGCUUAAAAUUCUGGAAGAGAUCAUCGAAGACAAAGAGGAGCAAAAUGACAAUGACAACCUCAAAGAAACACCCGCAGAUAAACAAAUAGAUGAAAAGGAGUUCAAGAAAAAAGCAGAGACAUUCAUUGAUGAAAUGAGGAAAGGAAUUAAUCAGUUACAGAAUGUCAUGAAUGAAGUUGAUCAAAUAAAACAAAGAAUAUCAAAUAACUGAAUACAAUCUGAUGAAAUAAAACUAUUUGAAGAGUUGAGACACAACUUGUUAUUCCAUCAGCUGACAGAAAACAACUUACAACAUCUGAAUGUACUGAACGAUAGAAACAUCCAAUUAUCCCACAGUGAUUAAUGUUAUAAAAACUUACCUAAAACUUAUAUCAGGUCUAUCAGUUAUGUCAGAAUUAUAUGUUUAAUAGCUAUACCUGAUGUGCCGAAACUUACAGUUGCUACAUUGAUUUUGCUCUGCAUUAUUUUUUUAUGUAUAUACUUUGCUUUAUUUUUAUUAUUAUUAUUGUUUAAACUUUUAUUACGCUAAGAUGUAUUAAAAUGUUCACACAAAAAUAAUUACAAACAGAAUAAAGUAAU